AAUCAGAAUUUUUUUUUUUAGGUUACUAGCAUGGCCAAACAGGUUAGAACAUCAUCUUUUGUUGCAAAUGUUCCAGCUUCACUGCAAGGUUUAACUGGCAGUUAUGCUGACAAUAAUACGGUUCCAGCAUUACCUUCAGAGUGGGAUGGUAACGAAGACUCGGAAGAAAGACCUCGGCAGAGACGACCUGCCAAACCAAAGAAAACUGCGGAACGAACACUAAUGAUUACUCAACAGAUACACGAGAAACCCACAAAAGAUGAAGCUAUUUCCAACACCUUGCCCAGUGGCUCAGUAAAUCUUGAAGAUACUUGGAGCCAGCACCAACAGAGGGCACUAGAACUAGCCCUUCAGCAGUUUCCUAAAGGUACAGAAGAAAGAUGGGAAAGGGUAGCCAAGUCUGUUCCUGGAAAGACCAAAGAGGAAUGUGUGUUGAGGUUCAAAGUGCUUGCUGAAAUGGUUAAACGAAAGAAACAAGGACUGGUUUCUUAAUGAAACCUUUCUGUACAUUAUGUACAGUUUCAGUGCUGUCUGUGUGUGUAUUUAUAUAAUUUCAGCAAGGUGCUUAUGGAUGGGAUCUAUUCAACACUUGCCAGCUGUAACAGUGAGCUUAUGCUAAGUGGAAACUGUUUAAAACGUAUUUCUUCAGACUAAUGAAAGGUAAAAAAAGAUUUUUAUAUCGGGGACUUUGAAAUAAUGUCACAGAUGUGCUCCCAGGAUUCAGUUAAAACAGUUAAAGAAACUUUUAAUGUUGCCAAUAUUAUAAUUUCUAACUUAACAUCCAUGUAAAGUAAUAUGUUGAAAUAACGUCUUUAAUUUUUUUAUAUACGUUUAUCAGAUUUUUUAUUGAGAUAUGUAUUUUUAUUUCUAAAUAUGUCAUGGUAGAGUUUAUCAAUAGUAUAACUUCUUUGUUUUAGUUGUUCAGCAUCUGUACAACUAGUGAAGAGUUGAGUUAAACUGUGCUACUAGUUGUUCAGCAUCUGUACAACUAGUGAAGAGUUGAGUUAAACUGUGCUACUAGUUGUUCAGCAUCUGUACAACUAGUGAAGAGUUGAGUUAAACUGUGCUACUAGUUGUUCAGCAACUGUACAACUAGUGAAGAGUUGAGUUAAACUGUGCUACUAGUUGUUCAGCAUCUGUACAACUAAUGAAGAGUUGAGUUAAACUGCGCUACUAGUUGUUCAGCAACUGUACAACUAGUGAAGAGUUGAGUUAAACUGUGCUACUAGUUGUCAGCAUCUGUACAACUAGUGAAGAGUUGAGUUAAACUGUGCUACUAGCCAAAAUUUGAAUCAUGGUCUGAUAACACACUGUGUGAAUGUAUGGUUUAAGUUUGUAUACAGACCAAGACGUUUUAUAGUUUUAAAAUAAAGUUCAGUAAAUAUGAUGAAACCAAAUCACUAAGUUGGAAAAGUAUUCUGUUAUGUAACAGUUUUAAAUGGAAACACUGGUUAUCAGCAGAGGUUCUAAUACUUAAGUUAGUGUUUCGUUUUUAUACUAUUUUUGUUCACGUUUCACAAGAUACUGAGCAGUUCUGUUUUUUUUACCUGUAAAAACACCGAGUUUCAAGAACUAGCCAAACUGAUGUAGUUCAUUUUGUAUGUAAUAUAUAUAUAUAUAUAUAUAGAGGGUACUUCAACAGUAGUUAAUGGGAUUAAUUUGAAUACGAAACAACUUGUGUAAGUGGUUUAUAAAAAUGUCUGUAAAAAGCCUAUGGUUUAAACGAAACUACUGUAAUGUGUGAUGGGAUUUCAGAAACACUAGGUUUAGUAAGAUUCUUGACAGAAGUGGACAUUCAGUCUUCAAAAGACUGUUUGUAGCUGUAGGUGUAAGGUCUUUGGUAUGUAUAUCUGAAAGAUUGGUUUAAUUAAAAGUAAAAUAGAUUUGAGUUGAUAUAUUUCUUAGAACUGCGUGAACUUACUUUAUGUGGUAGCGAAAUGUAACAUCUAAGAUAUUCAGUUUUUCCGUCGAUGAAUAGAUUACCUUAAAAGUUACAGAUCCACACAUGGUGUGUGUGUAUGUAGAGAGAGAGAAAUUAGUAGUGUAGACUUUAUAAUUGUUGUUUUGUGAUUAUUGAAAACAAAGCAUUUAAGUAUCAUAUUUUGUAAGUUAAAAUUAUAAACAGUUUGUGCGAGUUCUCUAAUUUAUAAAUCCUACAUUCAAAUUGAGUGUGAUAUAUAAAGGAACAACACCUCAUGUUCUAAUGAUUUAUAAAGUAACAACACCUCAUGUUCUAAUGAUUUAUAAAGUAACAACACCUCAUGUGCUAAUGAUUUAUAAAGUAACAACACCUCAUGUUCUAAUGAUUUAUAAAGUAACAACACCUCAUGUUCUAAUGAUUUAUAAACUAACAACACCUCAUGUUCGAUUGACUUAUAAAGUAACAACACCUCAUGUUCUAAUGAUUUAUAAACUAACAACACCUCAUGUUCUAAUGACUUAUAAAGUAACAACACCUCAUGUUCUAAUGAUUUAUAAAGUAACAACACCUCAUGUGCUAAGAAAGUAUUAUUCAAUUGUUUUAAAACCUGUUGAUUUUCCUUUUUUUUUAAUUAUUAAAAACAGUUGUUCGUUAACUAGCUUUUAAGAACUUGGAAAGUUUGUUUUGUCGUAUAGAUUGUAGCGUCCUUCAUCAGAGGUAAUUUAUAAGUGAUUUUUGCAACUAUCAGCAUCAUCAGAGGUAACUUAUAAGUGAUUUUUGCAACUAUCAGCAUCAUCAGAGGUAACUUAUAAGUGAUUUUUGCAACUAUCAGUGUCAUCAGAGGAAACUUAUAAGCGAUCUUUGCAACUAUCAGUAUCAUUAUUUUUUGUAAGUAUCUUUUUUGUUAGUUUAAAAACAGAGAGAAAGUACCUUUUUUUUUUAGUGAGAAAUUUGAUUUCUAGACCAACAGUUGUACAUCCAUCCCUGAAGUAGUGACAAUCAACUUUUGAAUAAGUUAAAUCACAGUGAAAUGACUAAAAAUGGAGAUUAAUUGGAGAGAGAGAAUUUUUUUUAUUUCUAGAAUUUAUGAAUUAAAAAUGUUAUACAUGCAUGUCUCUAGAGAGAGAUUUAAAAAAAAAAAUUUAAUGUGCAAACUAAUCCGAUGAAGGUGAUUCAGGGCACACUGUAUAACUGUUGGAUGUGUGCAAACUAAACCGAUGAAAGUGAUUCAGGGCACAGUGUAUAACUGUUGCAUGUGUGCAAACUAAACCGCUGAAGGUGAUUCAGGGCACACUGUAUAACUGUUGCAUGUGUGACAAACUAAACUGCUGAAGGUGAUUCAGGGCACACUGUAUAACUGUUGCUUGUGUGCAAACUAAACCGCUGAAGGUGAUUUAGGGCAUACUGUAUAACUGAUGCAUGUGUGCAAACUAAACCUAUGAAGGUGAUUCAGGGCACACUGUAUAACUGUUGCAUGUGUGCAAACUAAACCGAUGAAGGUGAUUCAGGGCACACUGUAUAACUGUUGCAUGUGUGCAAACUAAACCAAUGAAGGUGAUUCAGGGCACACUGUAUAACUGUUGCAUGUGUGCAAACUAAACCGAUGAAGGUGAUUCAGGGCACACUGUAUAACUGUUGCAUGUGUGCAAACUAAACUGAUGAAGGUGAUUCAGAGCACACUGUAUAACUGUUGGAUGUGUGCAAACUAAACUGAUGAAGGUGAUUCAGGGCACGCUGUAUAACUGUUGCUUGUGUGCAAACUAAAUUGAUGAAAGUGAUCUUUUAAAUCAUUUUUAAAAUUCAACAUAACUUGGGAUGGGUGUGCCUCAGUGGUUAGCAUGUCAGACCCCAGAUUCAAGGACUUUUUUAUCUUCAAAAUGUGAUGCCUCUGUAGAAUGUUUCACACUUUGAACUGUGGUCAUGUUAUAUAAGUGACAGUCAGUACCAUUAACGAGUUCAAAGAGACGAACAAAGUAUUCAUGGUUUGUGAUCCUUUGCCGUAUAAGCACGCUCUGCUUUUUGGAGCCAUUAGUGCGUUAUAAGAGUUAUGGUCAAAUACCACUAUUAAAUCAGAUAAGUGGCAGCCAAGAGUUGGUGGUGGGUGUUGUUGACUUACGAUGUUCGUGGCUGUCCCCUUUUAUUUAUCAGUUGACCGAUUGACUAAUGAUAAAUAACACUGUUAGUUUCACCAUUUACUGGUGAUGUUUUUAUGACAUGCUUUUUUUAUCGUCACUUUGAGCUCACGACAUUUUCGUGGCCCUUUUCCAGGUAUUUUGUUGUUUAAAAUACACAACUUGAUAUAAUUAAUUCACGAAAACCUUCCUUCUCUUUCAAAUCUGAAAUGGUCAUCUACAUUCAUUUUUCUUUCAUGUUCCAGUAAUUUUAAAGAUUUUUGAUUGAAUAACAAACAGAUAAUACAGGAACAACGUUUUAUUUCUUUUUAAAAUUUUCUUUUGUUAUUCUGUUAACAAUAAAUAAGGUUUUCGAUUUUUACUGAGAGCUGCAGGCAUAUAAAACAAAACUUUUAUCAUAAGGGAAUACAGAAAGUCCCCAAUUAUAUCUGUUCAUAGUUCCAAAAGUGUUUGUUUUCAAGUUUUUUAUUCUCGCCACAGUUUAUUUAUGCCUAAUAAAAGGGUGGAAAUAAAAAUGAUUUUCGAUAUAA